UGAAAGACAAACAAGGAACAUUUGAUUCCCUGUCCGGUAGCUAGCUAGCUGCCUGGCUAGCUGUGCCAUUAAUGUUUGUUGAAGCGUCUGCAAGAAUGGCUUCGUAUCUCUUGAUUCUUUUGUUGUGUGCCUUCGAUGAAUCAUUUGGAGAAAGUCAACUUAAGCUCGUCACAGUGCUGUAUCGCCAUGGAGACCGGUCUCCAGUCAGAGCCUACCCCACCGACCCGUACCAGGAGAGUGCAUGGCCUCAAGGAUUUGGACAGCUUACUCGGGAUGGGAUGCAGCAGCACUUUGAGCUGGGCCAGUUUCUGCGGAAACGCUAUGUGGGAUUCCUGAGUGAGCCAUACGUUCGAUAUGAGAUUGCUGUACGGAGCACAGACUAUGACCGGACUCUGAUGAGUGCUGAGUCAAAUCUGGCCGGUCUCUACCCACCCAAUGGAUCGCAAGUGUUCCAUCCUGGCUUGAACUGGCAGCCCAUACCUAUCCACACUGUACCGCAGGAUGAAGAGAAAUUGCUCUCGUUUCCCCUACCAAACUGCCCACGCUACAGUCUUCUCAUGAACGAGACAGAAAAAACAGAAAUCUUCCUCAACAUGACCAAGACUUAUGGCGAUUUCCUGGAGAUGGUGCGGAAUAAGACGGGUGUGCAGUCGACCUCCAUCGAGUCAAUAUGGAGCAUCCAUGACACGCUGUUCUGCGAGGAGAAACAUGGCAUGACUCUUCCAGAUUGGGUGACUCCAGAGGUGAUGAAUACACUGCGGAUUCUGAAGAACUUCGGCUUUCAGAUCAUGUUUGGCGUCUAUAAACGAGAGGAGAAAUGCCGGCUGCAGGGAGGUCUGUUGUUGGACCAGAUUAUUAAGAAUUUUACAGCUGCUGCAACUUUAGGCUCCGGUGGGCAGCUGAAGAUGAUUAUGUAUUCUGCGCAUGACACAACCAUUGUGGCUCUUCAGCAAGCGCUUGAUGUGUUUAACGGAGUGCAGCCACCAUAUGCUUCCUGCCACAUAUUUGAACUGCACCAGGACAACGAGUCAUUCUCAGUUGAGAUGUUCUAUCGUAAUGACAGCAGUGUGGAUGAGCCAUAUCCUCUUACUUUACCGGGCUGUGCCCAGCGCUGCCCUCUACAGGACUUUAUCAGACUCACACGCUCUGUUAUUCCAGUAGACUGGGACAAGGAGUGCCAGCUGAGCGCAGCAUCCGAUGACACAGAUGUUAUCAUUGGGCUGGCUGUGUGUGGGUGCGUUCUCCUGCUCCUGGUCAUGCUGUUGUUCAUAGUGCUGUGUCGUCAGAGCGAGCCAGCAAUCGGCUACAGCCACAUCAUCAACCAGAGUGAUGACCACUCCUGACAGUCAUAUCAGCUCCUCCAAAAAGAGGACACGUGGGACAGUGAGGAUGACCUGUGAGAGACCAACCAUAGAGCCACACGCACCAGCAGCUGCUAGCCACCAUAAACUGGAUUUAAAGGCUGUUUCUGGUACUACCUUUUAAUUUAUUCUGGUGUGAAAACUGGCACCUUCCUUGUAUAUUGUAGUUUAUAGAAAAAGAGCUUACUUCCAAGUAACAUGACUGAAGGCUUUCACUCUCCUGAUCUGAGGGAGGCCCACAAGGAGCUCAGAAUGACCCUAUGUGAUCUGCUGAAAAGACUACCACCAGCAUGGUCCUGCCUUUCUGUCUAAACUGCAGUGAUUGAUGCUCUUUUCUUCUAGCAAAAUUCUUUUUUUUUCACCCUCACAGUCUUUCUGAUGGGUGACGACUUUUAUUGUGUUGUGUUUUGAUGCAGAAUGUAUUUUUUUUCAAUGAAACUGCUAUUUUUGUAUGAACAGUUCACCAGUAUAUGAGCUUGAUUGAUGUCUUGAUGUUUUAAGGCCUCUUACAUUACAAGUGAAAGCAUCUUAAAUAGUUAGUAGUUAAAAUAUGUUUCUCAUUAUUAUAUAGUUGUAAUUUUAAGAUUCAUUUUAAGAUUCAGCUUAUUUCUAGACAUUUUUGUUUUAAGAAAUUUGAUCUGGUGAAACUCCUCUGAUUAUCUGUCAAUGGAAUUAAAUUUUAUUUAAUCCGGUAUUAAUUCCCCCCCAAGGGUCCACGUUUUUUCUUCAUCCCUAUGUGUGGUGAGUUAGGCUGGAGCAAAAAUGUGGACCCUCAGGACCGGGUUCAAAACACUGAGAUAGAUAGACUACAUUUUAGAUAGACUAGAUAGACUAGAUAUUAGACUACAUUUGUCACUUGCCAAGUUAACUUAUCAGCAGUGUUGAAGAUGCAUCAGGUAAAUCUAAAUUUAAAUGAUGCAAAAUUCUAUGGACUAAAAUGUCAUAAUAGAAAGCAUGAUAAAAAUGCCUGUCUCUUGUACUCUGAAAUGAUGCAAGCUUUUCAGGUCAAGUGCUGUAAUUGUUUCCCUAGUGGGUCUAACCAAGGCUAAUAAAAAAGCUAGGGUCUUUG